AUGCGGGGAUCCAGUAAUCUUUGUCUGUAUGCCACUCGUCCCAGUCGACGACAGAAGGUGAAUAGCUCGGCACCUCCGUUGAAGGGCAGAGCUACAAGUCCGGUCCAUGGGCGGCUCUUUGACGGACUUUUCUAUCGAAGUGGUAGUCACUGGGAUAGUGUCCUCAGUGAGCUGGCGACAUUGACCGUCCAAGACGGGAUACACAAGGAUACAACCAAUCAUCCCCAGGGAACUGCUCCUGGAUUGAAUGAGGAGCUGCUAGCGGCCAUGCCAUCUCGCUCCGCAGCCGAUAGACUAAUAUCAGCAUUCUUUGCUCCACACUCUUUCGUUGGCCCAACAAGGUAUUCGAUUCAUCAUCCGACGUUCAUGAAGCAGUACGAAGAAUAUUGGAAGAACCCCUCAUCCACUACUCUAACAUGGCUAGCUCUGCUCUAUUCGAUAUUCAGCUUGGCGAUGAAAUUUCUUCCCGAUGCAAAAGAGGACUCGGGGAUGACCGAGGCGCUCGGGGAACUCUACCACAGCAAGUCCGGCCAGUGUCUGGAGCGUAUCAAAUUAAACCAGACCACUCUGCAAACGCUCCAAGCAAUGAUCGCACACGGCAUAUUUGGUUUCUCUCAUCGUGAAGAAUGGGGCGCUGGGUUGAUUACGCACAUUGGCUCGAUCGUGCGACUGGCAAUGAGGCUGGGAUUGCACCGGGAUCCGUCUCAUUUCUCCAAUCUGACGCCCUUUGAGGGCGAGAUGCGUCGAAGGAUCUGGAGCUCGAUCGAGCAGAUUGACUGCCUGUCCUCCUUUCAUCUUGGCAUCCCAGCUGCCAUCCGGACGGAGGACUCUGAUACGACCGCGCCGCGCAAUCUCCUCGAUACCGACAUAGAUGAAGGCAUGACCGAGUUGCCGUCGUCAAGGCCGUUUUCGGCGAGUGUUCCAAUCGGUUAUUCACUGGCCAAGAGCAAACUCACCCGAGUGAUGAGACGGGUUGUCGAAUUUUUGAAUUCCGUACAGCGGCAGCCUUACGAAAGGGUAUUACAGCUUGACAGUGACCUUGUGGAGGCCUAUGGGUCGAUUCCUCCCCACUUGCAACUGAACAACUGGGACAAUGCGCCAAACGAACCUGCAUAUGUCAUGGUGCAAAAAGUCCACUUAGACACACUUUACCACCAAGCAGUCACCGCACUACAUCGAAAAUAUCUUCAAGAAGCCCGGGAAAACCCCGCAUUUGCUCUGUCUCAGCAAAGAAGCAUUGAUUCGUCCAUGACGCUACUCCAACAACAGGCUACCAUAUACAGAGAGGCUCAGCCGGGAGGGUGUUUGAGCAAAUUCCAUGGGUACACCAUCACUCCUGACAGUGCGAACUUUAGCCUGGCUGCGAUGGUGCUGUGCUUAUACCUGCAAUACUGGACUCGUACAGACCAAGAGGUACCUUCGACAGAUGCCCAGGUCAAGGAGAUAUUCCAGGCUCUCGACACCUCGCGCCAGAUUUGGAACACCCUUGCAGUGGAAAAUCAUGAGGCAGGCAAAGUUGGACUCGUGCUAGACACAAUGUUGGAGCUUUUACGGCCGAAAUUUGGUCUUCCAGAUCAACAUGCGCCAGCCGUUGACCUCGCAGUCUCAGUCGAUGGCGAAAAAGGCCUUCCUCUCGAUCCCACCUUGAGUGGUCAGUCUGCGUCCUUUUCUCAUGUACAUCUGUAUACAGACGAAGAUAGUGCAAAGGGUACCAACAUGGAUAUGGUUGACCUAAAUUGGGAUGCUUGGGACUCAUUCGUGCAAGGAGACGAUUUCGAGACUGCGUACGAGAGCCUUCUUCUCGGCCAGGACUCAACAGUCCCAAUCGAAGACAUUCUCGACCCGAGUACUUCCUCGACUGUCUAG